AUUGAUGCCUUUGGCUUUUCCCCUCCGUUUUUGUACAUUUCUUUUUCACUCUACUUUUUAUACAGAGAAAGAAAGCCGACGCUAUCUCUCCCCUCGCCUUCAUCAUUACCCUCAUUAGGUACGGCGGCGGCGGUAAACUGAAAAAGGAUUACGGAGAGGAGGAGUGUGGUGGAUUCGAUGGGAUCGUCCUCGGGACAAAGCGGUGGGAGCUACGAUCUCUCCUUCAAGAUCUUGUUGAUCGGCGAUUCUGGUGUCGGCAAAAGUAGUAUUCUGGUUAGCUUCAUUUCCAGUUCCGUUGAAGAUCUAGCUCCUACCAUUGGAGUGGAUUUUAAGAUCAAGCUGCUAGCAGUAGGUGGGAAGAAAUUGAAGCUCACAAUUUGGGAUACAGCUGGACAGGAAAGGUUCAGGACAUUAACAAGCUCUUACUAUAGAGGUGCCCAAGGGAUCAUUCUUGUGGCUGGCUCUGAUGCUGGGUUUAAAUCUCAGAUGAACUAUGUUAGCCAUAAUGGAAACAAUAUUUACGUGCUUAUGCUAAAUUCUUGAUUGAGCCCUUUGUGCUGGUUGAGAUGGAGAAAUAGCGUUUGGAGUAGAGUAGAUAAACAUUACAAAAGGGGACCACUAAGUUGAUGGACAAAAAAGAUCUUUUUUUUUUUUCUUCAUGGAAUGGAUGAAGGGCAAUAUAAAUCAUAGAAAAUGUUAAAAACAAAGAAGAGAAGAAAAGGCAAUGGAAAUUUCUUGAAUGGAAAGAGAAGACCACGUGUUACCAUCUUCAAUGGAAAAUUAUUUUAUUUAUUUCUCCCCAUAACAUAUUAUUGAUAGUUAUAAAGGAGAUAAAGGAGGACAUAUGUUGCAGCUUUCCACUACCAGGAAACAUGUUAAAGAGAGAAGUAAUGAAUUAAUUCAUUUCAGACAAUAUUGUUGAAGAACUUCAGGGAGAGCACACAUGAUAAUAAAAAUUUUCAUUUCUUAUAUAAUUUAGACUCUAAAUUGUUUUAUGCCUUCGACAAUUGUUUCCAUGAUAUGAUGAUCAAGUAUGCAGGUCUCUAUGAAAAGUUUGUUCUAUAAUUCCUCAUUAUCUUAAUUCUGGUGCUAACAUCUUACAUUUAUGCCUUUGCAUCUUAAUCUGGAAUGCUGGAUCUUGAAAAUUGGAUAUC